UCCACAGGACACCACCACUGUUCAGUUUGACUCUUCCCAAACAGAAGAUGGAGAACAACAAUCCCAGCAUCCUUCCACGAUGGCCAGCCCCUCUCCUGCUGCAGCAGCGGAUCCACAGGACACCACCACUGUUCAGUUUGACUCUCAGAACUCUCCAACCACCGAGCCAGCCGCUUCCCAAACACCAGAUGGAGGAGAACAAUCCCAGCAGCCUUCCAUGAUGGGCGGCACCUCUCCUCGAGCCAGCUCCCCUGGGCACUCCAGCUCCUGGCUCCCUGGCACUUCACCCGCAGUAACAGGCACUCCAGUCCCUGAGGAGCUCCACCUGAUCUCUGACAGUAUGGUCUGGCCGGAGGCUUGGCAGUACUGCAGAGAUCACUACACUGACCUAGUGAGCCUCACAAGCCUGGCUGCACAGAACAGAGUGUCGGAGCUCGUCAGGAACAGCACUGCGUCGCGAUUCUGGAUCGGCCUGCACAGAACCAUUGUGUAUGAUAAAUGGUACUGGGUUGCUGGUAAGGAUAAGAGGGCCCCCCUAAACUACACUAACUGGGCCUCUGGGGAGCCCAACAAUCCUUACUAUGAGCACUGCGGGGAGAUGGUGCUGGGGGAGGAUGGGGGGGCUGAGUGGAAUGAUCUGUGCUGCUAUGAAAAGCUCCCCUUUAUCUGUUUCAAAGGUUAAAAACACAAACUAAAAGGUUUUAUAGCACUGCUUCUCAAACAUUCUAUAGUAUAAAGUCACUUAAGUCUAAAAAAAAGCGAUUUCCAAAAACGUUAUAGAAAUAUCUGAGUCUAAAUUUUGUUUUAUAAACGUGGCAUGUGUGAACAAUAAAGCAAAACAAAGCAAUGCAAGUUCUAUAGAUGAUGAUAAUGUGUAGCAAUCUUAAAGGGGCAAUAAUUAAUUAUGAAAGACUUAUUGAGGCUGAUUGUGAGAUGGGGAAGCAUUAUACUGUUGCACAGGCUUCAGUGCACAAUGCUUGUCUUAUGGUCUUCAUUGUACAGUGCAACAUUAAUAUGAUUCCCCUCCUCACUUCCUUACAAUCAGCAUUGAGGAGUCUUUUCAGAAGCUGCUGUUUACUUGUUUUUUUAAUUCAGGAUGCGCAGCUAUUUAAAAUGCCAGGCUGUAGAUAAACUGCUGCAUCCUGGUACCUGUGCUGUAGGUCACUGGGUCUGAUUGAGGCCGGACCAUUGGAGAGAGUUUGAACUGCAAUACAAGGACUGAUCAGCUACCAGGAAGCAGCAGCAACUUGGUUUAAAUUAUUAUUAUUAUUAUUAUUAUUAUUAUUAGUAGUAGUAGUAGUAGUAGUAGUAGUAUUAACGUUUUCUUUUAAAUAUCUACAUAUUACAAAUUGAAGUAUGAAUCACAAGCAAGGGACCAAAAGAUCUUCAACAUAAGGAAAUGUCCAGUGAUCUUAUUGCUGGGGAUAAUAAGAUAUAAGAACAUGGAUUUAAACCUUGGUCAGCAUCAUAUAGGAUGUAUUGUUAGAGGGAAGUAGAGAGGGUGAAAGGGUCUUAUUUAAUAUUUUUCUAAUUUCUGCUUUUUGCCUUUUAAAAAAAAUCUAUAAUAUUUAAGUAGGUUUUAUACAUUUAAAUAAUGCUUACAUAUUUCAGUAGUAUUUAAAACGUUUUAACUUGUUAAAUUAGUUUUUACAUAAUUAAGAAGGUGUGUCUGUAGUUAGGUCCUGGAUAUUGUCAUCAGCACCAGUAUAACAAAAUCAAAAGAAAACUUUUAUUUUCCUUAUUUGCACUUUUGUGUUGCUUCAUUGAGCUACAGCAGAGCGGGCAUUCUUACCCCCCUGCUGCUGCAGGUAGUCGCAGGAGUGUGUCUGUUUAGAGAACAUUAUUAGAGUGACACGAAGAGGGAGGGAGGAAGCUUGUGUGCCAGCCUGCCUGCCUGCAGCUGAAAGUACCUGCCUCUAGGGAAUAUACCCAAACUGGACAGCCAACAGGGCGUGGUUUCUGACGAUGCAGAUUGUAGCUAAUGCUACUCUGUGAAUGAAUGUAGUGAGUAGGCAAACUGUAAUCAUAACUAAACAAAAUAGAAACUACGUUAUGUACCGAGUGAGUCUUCUGUCAAUUUUUAUUUUGUAUUUCUGAAUACAUUGAUAUUCUGUAUGUUUUGCUGAUAUAAAAAUAAAAUAAUGAUUUGAUCUGAA